GAAUCAUGCUGAAUAUGUGUGUCAAAUGGUUCAUGUUACCUUAAGAUAUUAUGUGACAGGAAACUUUUUUCAAACUCUUGGGGACUUAGUUAGCAUUGAUAAAAGGACAACAAGUAGAAUUGUUUGGACGGUGGCCAGAGCUACUGCAGGACUUUACGAUCAGUUUAUCAAAAUGUCUGAUGCAGAAGCUGAAAUCAUGGCAUCUGGCUUAGAGCGAGUAGAGUUUGGUGACAAAGACUAUGAGCAAAAGCUCGGAAAAUGGUUCGAUGAAUUGGAAUCUGAUGACGAACAAAAAGACUCUUCUAAACUAGCGAUGCAACUCGUAAAGCCUCAUAUGGCAAAAAGGCUUGAAAAUCCAAAAUUGUACAAAGAACUUCAAGCUCUUAUCAAAGGCGCUCUUGAAGUCGACGAUCUUAGGAACGAACCAUCAACGUCAAGAGACGAGCGCCUAGAAGUGAAGAAAACUUGUUUUUUGUGUCCAUACCAGAAGAAGAGAAAGACGUUUUACAAAUGCUACUGUUGUCAGCAAUCGAUUUGCCUCGAGCAUGCCAGAAAAAUGUGUAAGAACUGUGUCGCCGACCAAGGAGAACGCUGA